UACAGAAAAACAAAUAGAAUAUACAAAGUGGCAACCAAGUGAUAGUUAAUGUGAACGCAUAUGCUUAGGGUCAAAUAGUACAAUAACCGUUUGUACGAAAGUGUUAUAAUAUAGCAGCGAAAACCCCUAAUGGGCAAAAUAGUAUAAAUACAUAUGAGAAAAUCGCUAAUAGCGAUAGCAAUAACAAAAAGAGCUACAACAACAUCGUGUGUGUGUAUAUGUAUGCUGUAUUUGUGUAUAUAUGUGUGUGUGUUGUAAUUGAACGGAUAGCGAUAGCAACAACACACGGUGCUCAGCAGUAAAUCGCUAAAAAAAAAGUUAAAUAAAUUAAAAUAAAUAAAUGCGGAGUGUAUUCAAAUUAGAAUCGUGAGACGGCAACGAGGACGACGACAUUCCAUAAUUGUGCUGCGUAACCAACACUGAUUUACAACUCUGAAAAUGCAGUAUUCGGAUCAGGAUCAAUAGCCCCCUGCAAAAUACCCAAAAGUAUAAAGAGAAAGAAAGAAAGAAUCGAAUCCAAGCGAAUCGAACGAACGGCGAGGGAGGAGUUUAUCACGCGCUAGCCAAUACGGAAACAACAACAACAACAWUAGCAAAAUAGAACGACAACUGGAGAAGCGGCUGCCAUAAAUCGAAAUUGAUAUUUGCGAAAAUAUUCAAUAAAUAACGCACGCACAUCCAGGGAGGUGGACAGACGCAUCAUAGAGCGAGCAUAGGCCACAUCAGUGGAGGAGGAGGAGGAGGAGUCGGCGCUGGUAUUGGUGUCGUGGUUAGUGGUUGCAGGUCUCCAUACCAUAAAUAACCAUGGUCAGUACGAAUCUGGUGGUGCCAGUGGUGCUGUGGGGUCCCACAGCGCCGACACAUUGCAUAUCGAGCGUCUUUCUAUCGGAUGAUCAAUGCACGCUGGUCACCGGCUGCUACGACGGACAGAUCUGUCUCUGGCAAGUGGAGCCAGCCACAUUGAAGAUGUCACCGCGUUGCCUGCUCGUUGGUCACUCGGCGCCGGUGCUGUGCCUGGUGCGCGCCUCUUUGCUGCCGGAUAAUAAUUUUCUGGUCAGCUCGUCGGAGAAUGGUGAGAUGUGCACCUGGGAUCUGAUCGACGGCAAAUGCACUGAGGCUGUCAAGCUGCCACAGGUGCACACACAAAUCCAAAGCUAUCACACGGCCAACAGCGAAGACGUGCGUCUCUUUUGCAUUGGCUACUAUGCUGAAAUCAUGGUCAUGGAUCCAUUCAGUCUCGAAGUUAUUUACGUGCUCAGCUCAAAGGUGAAGCCGGACUGGAUUUCAGCCAUACACGUGCUACGUCCAAUGCGUCGCAAAGACGAUGUCGUGCUGGCCAUCACGACCACCGGCACCGUCAAGGUCUGGACUCUGACGGGCAACGAGAACAAGCAUGCGGAGCCCAUCUAUGAGAAUGAGUCGAAGGAGAUACGAUGCUUGAACGCCAUCACCAUGAAUUGUUGUGCCCAGAAUCAGCGCACGGUGCUCCUCGUCUGCACCAAAUAUUGGCAGAUCUAUGAUGCUGGCGAUUUUACAGUACUCUGCUCCGUUAUUGCGCCUGCACGCGAACGUUGGCAGGGCGGUGAUUUCAUAACCUCAGAUCGCGUUAUGCUGUGGACGGACGAGGGCAAAGGGUACUUGUAUAAAUUGCCAGCCAAUUGCAUACCAGACAAUAAGGAGUUUCAUUCAAAGAGCGUCGUACGCGACGCACCCUAUCUGUACUAUGUGCUGCAGCAUGCCGGAGAUAAGGUGCUCUCCUGUCCGCCAGCGAUGAAACUCCUAAUGGGUCAACAGUCACACUUUUUGCUGCGCGGCGAUUCUGAGGGCUACAUCUCGGUGUGGAAUGUGCCGGAGGUGCCAUUGGAUAAUAUUAGUAUAUUGCAGGCAAAGCAAAUGCCGCCGCGCAUACAGAAGCCGCAUGUCUGCACUUCACUCGUGGAGGCCUGGUCGAUGAUGGAUCCGCCGCCUGUGGGCAUACUUGAUCAGCUUUCGCGUAUCACCGACUCACCGGUGAAGCUCACAUCGAGCAUAUAUCUGCCGCAACAGAGUCGCUUGGUCAUUGGCCGCGAGGAUGGCAGCAUUGUCAUUGUGCCGGCCACACAGACGGUUAUGAUGCAACUGCUCGUCGGCAUCAAGCAGAAUUUCAGUGAUUGGCCAUCGCAUCAGAUACUCUACGGGCAUCGCGGACGUGUCAAUUGCCUGCUGUGCCCCUCGAUGGUACAUCCACGCUAUGAGAAGUCCCAUCUGCUCUCGGGUGGCAUUGAUUUCGCUGUCUGCCUGUGGGACUUGUAUAGCGGCAGUCUGUUGCAUCGGUUCUGCGUGCAUGCGGGAGAGAUUACACAGCUGCUGGUGCCGCCCGAGAGCUGCAGUCCACGCAUACUCAAGUGUAUCUGCUCGGUGGCCUCGGAUCAUUCAGUUACCCUGGUCAGUUUGCAGGAGCGCAAAUGCGUCACGCUGGCCAGUCGACAUCUGUUUCCGGUUGUGACCAUCAAAUGGCGUCCACUCGAUGAUUUCCUCAUUGUCGGCUGCUCCGAUGGCAGCGUCUAUGUGUGGCAAAUGGAAACGGGUCACUUGGAUCGUGUGCUGCAUGGCAUGCUAGCCGAGGAGGUGCUUUCAGCUUGCGAUGAGCAGGCGCUGGAGGAUGGCAGCGGUGGCUCAGGUAGCAACGCAGCCAAUUCAGCCAGCGAGAUGGGUAUGGCCAAUCCGGCAGUGCAUUUCUUCCGGGGACUCAAGUCGCGCAACAUGAAUGCCAUACGGCACGCCACACAACGCGGCAUCCAUCAGUUGCAGCAGCUACAGGGCCACAAUCAGGGCAAUUUUGAUUUCCUGAUGAAGCACCGCAGCAAUCCGCUGGUCAUACAGGGCCUGCGCACCAAUCCCAAGGAUGCCGAGAGUCACAUUCUCUUCUUCGACAUCGAGGGAUUGAUAUUUGAGCUGCACAGCGAGGAAUAUGCGCAGAUGACGCCCGCAACGUUGGAGGCGUUGGGCGUGCAUCUGCAACAUCCCAAAGACGGCAAAUCGAUGCACAUCGAUGCGAGCAAGAAAAUCGGCGACUUCUUUAGCAAGGUCAAGAAUAAGGCUGUCGAUGUUGAGAAGAUACUCAAGGACAAGGAUAAGCACGGGCUUGUACAGAAGUUCAAGGAGAAGACGGAAAUUGUUGAGAAAAAGGUGCAGGCCAAAGUGGAGAGCCUGCAGAAGGCCGUGGAGACGCAUGAGGAGCAGCCACAGGAUCUAAAGAGCAAGAUUGCAUCCAAAAUGGAGGUCACUCAUGUCAUGGAAGUGGCCCAGCUGCUGCUGUCGCUGCUCCAUUCCUGGGGCCUUGAUCCGCAUCUAGACAAAGUCUGCGAAUCCCAGUUGGGUCUACUGCGUCCCAUUGUACCCAUCUCUUACGGUGUUUUGUCCAAGGCCGGCUAUAUGUCAUUGCUGUUGCCCACUUGGCAGAAUAACUACGAGAUACCACCGGGAUUGCAAUUGCCCUCCAGCUCCAAGAAACGCAUGUUGCCUGAGGAAUUGCAGCGUCUGGAGCACUUGACAGCCAUUUUCACUUCUCGUCUGCACUGGGAGCUAAGCACCACAUUGACAUCGAAUCAUAUACUGGCCUUGGUGGCCAUGUCCAAUACGCUGAUGUCGAUGAGCGCCGCCUCGUUCCUUCCAGAUAGCGAGAAGCACAAGAAGCUGCAGCGGCUGGCCCAGUAUGCUGAGUCAACGCAAGGCGCUGAGGAAGAGCUGCUCGCCCACCACACUUCACAGAUCAAGCAGGGCUGGAGUCUGUUGUCCACACACCAUUGCUUCUUGCUGCCCGAUAAGAUUGAGGCGUUGGAGCCAAAGAAAUUCAAGCGUCCCCAGGUGGAGAUGAUGGUCAAGCGCUGGCAGCAUCAUUGCAUCGAGAUACGCGAGGCAGCGCAGCAAAUACUACUGGGCGAGCUCACUCGCAUGGGCAAGAAGGGGCGCAAACAGCUCGUGGAGAGCUGGGCACAGUAUUUGCCGCUCUACACGCACACCGAGCCAAUUGUGGGCGCUCAGCAGGUGGCGGCCAUGACGAACAACCAGGCGGGUGGUUCGGGUGGUGGUGGUGCUGGUACUGGUACUGGUAUCAAUUCCUCAAUGGGCAACGGCAGCGGCGCGAUGUCGGGCGGUCAGGGCAUGUCAGCUGGUGGCACCGGUGUGGGCUCCAGUGAUCAACAGGAUGAGGACUAUGAGGAGGAGGAAGAGGAGAUCAUACGCAAGCCGUCCAGUCUGUCAGAGCUGAAGCGCAAGCAGACCACCGCUGUGAUCCUGUUGGGCGUGAUUGGUGCUGAGUUCGGUCAGGACAUUUCACAGGAAUCGCCGAACCAUCGCGGCAGCAUUAGCCUGGGUCAUACCAACACCGAACGACGCAAAUCCUCGGUGGUCGAAGGCUUCGGCAUCGCCAACAAUUUGGCUCGGCUCACCUCCAUGGCGCUAGCUCAUCUGCUGUAUGCACCGCCAUCCCCCAAGCUGCCGCAAUAUACGCCAUUGCGUCGUGCGGCCAUCGAUCUUCUUGGGCGUGGCUUUACCGUUUGGGAGCCCUAUCUGGAUGUCUCGAAGGUGCUACUAGGCCUGCUAGAGAUCUCCUGUGAGGGCAAGUCGGUGCCAAAUCUCAAUUAUAAACUACCCCUGACCCCACAAGCCGAUGCCUGUCGCACCGCCCGCCAUGCACUGCGCCUGAUUGCCACCGCACGGCCAGCAGCGUUUAUUACGACCAUGGCAAGGGAGGUGGCUCGAUAUAAUACAAUGCAACAGAAUGCCCAGUCGAUCAAUACGCCGCUCACCCAAUCUGUGCUGUACAAGGCCAAGGGCGAGAUAUUGCAAUGCGUUGAGAUGCUGAUCGAUAAAAUGCAAUCAGAGAUCGCUGGUCUAUUGGUGGAAGUGAUGGACAUUGCGCUCCAUUGCGUCGAUAGCAAUGAGCUAAAGGGUCGCGGCUUGGCCGAACUCUGUCCGUCUAUAUGCAAAUUCAAUCAAAUUUCGCAUUGCAGCCAAACCCGACGCAUCGCUGUUGGCGCCAAUAGCGGAAAUUUGGCCAUAUACGAGCUGAGGCAGAACAAGUGCCAAAUGAUCCCCGCCCAUACGCAUCCGAUUACCUCGUUGGCCUUCUCGCCAGAUGGCAAAUACCUGGUGUCCUAUUCGUGUGCCGAGAAUCGCUUGUCCUUCUGGCAGACAAGCACCGGCAUGUUUGGCUUGGGUCAAUCGCAGACGCGCUGCACCAAGGGCUAUUCCACGGCUCCCAUACCGGAUGUUUCGCGGCUGAAUCCGAUGCGAUUGGCCAAGCUCGUCUGGAUUAAUAAUCGAACCGUGACGUUGAUGUUGGCCGAUGGUUCGGAGACGCGUUUCAAUGUUUAAAAUUCAGCUGGGUGCAAUGAACAACUUCAUUCAGAGGGACUGUCGAUAGCGGUCUAUCGAUAAGUAAAUAGCUAACUAGGCAACAAAAUACAACAAUCGUUAUCAGUAUAUCGAUUAACAUGAAAAGGUUAUCGAGCAGCAGUUAUUGGUUUAACGAUUCAGCAAACAUUUCAUUCGUCACUGUGUUAUCGAUAACACUUAUCGAUUCUCCGACAAAGAACGAAGCCAACGUCGUUAGGCCACAUACUGAGCAGCCGAGCUGCAAACUAUUUAGGCAAUCAACAACGCGGGCUUCAAAAGCGAGCGAGACACGAUCAUCAACUGAAACAAUAAAUAGACAACAAAGCUUACAAAUAAAUUAAAAACAAUAA